AUGUUUCUCUGUUCUAUUGCACUUACCGAGGUUUCUCACUUCUAUUGUAUUUUCCGAGGUUUCAACUUUUUUCAGCACCCACCGAGGUUUCUCUUUUCUAUUGCACUUAACGAGGUCUCUCUCUUCUAUUGUACUUUCCGAGGUUUCUCCUUUUUUCUGCACUCACUAAUGUUUCUCUUUUCUAUUGCACUUACCGAGGUUUCUCGCUUCUAUUUUACUUUCCGAGGUUUCUCAUUUUUUCUGGACUCACCGAGGUUUCUCUCUUCUAUUGUACUUUCCGAGGUUUCUCUAUUUUUCUGCACUCACCGAUGCUUCUCUUUUCUAUUGCAUUUACGGUGGUUUCUCUCUUUUAUUGUACUUUCCGAGGUUUCUCUUCUUUUCUGCACUCACCGAGGUUUUUCUUUUCUAUUGCACUUACCGAGGUUUCUCUCUUCUAUUUACUUUCCGAGGUUUCUUCUUUUUUCUGCACUCACCGAUGUUUCUCUUUUCUAUUGCACUCACCGAGCAGAGCUGUAUGAACCGGACAAUAGACGAAUCUAUCUAAGUCUAUCCCUAUCUAUCUAUCUAUCUAUCUAUCUAUCUAUCUAUCUAUCUAUCUAUCUAUCUAGUUUUGUUCUAAUCUAUCUAUCUAUCUAUCUAUCUAUCUAUCUAUCUAUCUAUCUAUCUAUUUCUUUCUUUUUAAAUCUUUUCCUAUCUAUUCCUCUAUAUCUAAGUCUAUUCAUAUGUACCUGUCUGUGGCUAUUCUUAUCUAUCUAUCUAUCUAUCUAUCUAUCUAUCUAUCUAUCUAUCUAUCUAUCUAUUCAUGACAAAAUUGAAAAAACUCCUUAG